CUACAGUUUUUAUUUAAUAUUCUAAUUAUUUACUUCGGUCAUUAACACCAAAACAUUUUAAUAAAAAUUACUUCUUGCUUGUUUCAGUACUACAAUAUGGGCUGCUGUCGGUGUUCGACAUCUUGUAAAAAAUGGACAACUUUUGGUGUCGCUGCCGCGUUUAUAAUCUUCGGUUUGUUUUUUUCAAUAUUUUGGGCCAUGAUUGUCAAGAAAAUCCUUAAUUAUGAACUUGGUUUAUCCUCAACAGAGACUAAUGCCUUCGGUAUGUGGAAGGAAACACCAAUACCGAUCUAUCUGUCAUUUUAUUUUUUCAAUUGGACUAACGCCGAAGAAUACCAAAGGAAUUCCUCUAUCAAGCCGAGUUUUGUUGAAUUGGGGCCUUAUACUUACCACGAACAUCAUGUAAGGGACAAUAUUACAAUUAAUGAUAAUUCCACAAUAUCCUUUUACAACAGAAGGACAUGGACGUUUGUACCAGACAAAUCUGUGGGAAAACUGACUGAUCAAAUUACGACUUUCAAUCCUGUUGUGGCAUCGAUAGCCAGCUUAGUUAAGGACAAAAACUACAUAGUACUUAUAGGAGUAGACUUUUUCUUGGAGGAAUACAAGAUCAAUUUGACGGUUACCAAAACUGUAGAAGAAUUCACGUUUGAAGGUUACGAAGAUGAUUUGCUUAACCUAGUCCAAAAAUUAAAUAUAACUGGUUUAAACAUACCCUUUAAGAAAUUUGGAUGGUUUGUAGAUAGAAACGACUCAGCUCCAUACGAUGGAAUGUGGAACAUGGACAAUGGAGCUAAUUCAAUUAAUACUCUAGGUCUUGUUAGAAAUUGGAAUUAUCAAUCUCACGUGCCUUAUUAUGAAGGGACAUGUGGAGACGUCGAAGGUACUCAAGGGGAACUGUGGUAUCCCCCUCACGACCAAAAAUCUGUUAAAAUUUUUUCAAACGAUUUGUGUAGUUCAAUCGAAUUAGAUUGGAACGGCGACUAUACACUCCAUGGAAUGAAAGGGCAUAAAUUUGUUGGAAACGAUAAAACUUUCGAUAAUGGCACCAAGUAUCCUCAAAUGGGUUGUUUCAAGGGUAAAGGAGUCACUCACCAGCUCUCAGGUGUCAGAAAUGUCUCACUUUGCAAAUAUGGAGCUCCAGCUUUUGUUUCAUUCCCUCACUUCUAUGAAGCAGAUCCCGCCUUUUUAGCAGAUGUCGACGGUUUAGAACCAAAUAAGGAGAAACACGAAAUGUUCUUAGCUUUAGAACCAGAAACUGGACUACCCCUUUCUGUCAGAGCCCAGAUUCAACUGAACCUGAAGAUGGAAAAAGUGAAACACAUUAAAAUUCUAGAAAAUGUUAAAUCGACAGUUAUGCCCAUGUUUUGGUUUUCUCAACAAGCCGAUCUUACCAGUGAUUUGGCCGAUUCGGUUAAAAAUGUUUUGUUACUGAGCCCUAUCGGUGCUUACACAGGAUAUGGUCUUCUAGGCAUAGGAGUUCUCAUUACUAUCAUUGGACUGGUGAUAACCUACAGGAAAGGCUGGCACGACAGUGAGAACGAACUGCUACUAAAUUCAAAUACAUAA